AGUUAUCGUUCCACACGUUAGAGAUGCGAGUUCGCAUUAGCUGCCGUCUUCUGUCUGUUGCACUACUGACGCUUUUCUUCCUAACGACCGAAUCAGAUGAGACUCGAUUGUUGCUCGUCACGGUAGCCACCGACGCGACCGAUGGAUACAUUCGAUAUAUGGAGUCAGUGGAACACUACGGACUGAACGUGAAGGUUGUUGGCAUGGGAGAAGAAUGGCGCGGAGGAGACGUGGCGAGAUACGCUGGCGGAGGACACAAAAUAAACAUGCUGAUUAGAGACCUGGCUGAGUACAAGGACGACAAAGAUUUGGUCAUUAUGUUCACGGACAGUUAUGAUGUCGUGUUGCUCGCUGGUGAAGAUACGAUAUUGACUAAGUUUAAGGAUUUCGAGUCGAGCUUGGUCUUUUCGGCGGAAGGAUUCUGUUGGCCUGACAGAUCUCUUGCGGACAAGUAUCCCAGAGUUGUGUUAGGAAAACGCUACUUGUGCUCAGGAGGAUAUAUUGGUUAUGCUCCAGUCAUCUACGAGGCUCUGACAUCUUCAAACAUUAAAGAUCUUGGAGACGAUCAACUGUUCUUUACCAAAUUAUAUCUUGACAAUGAGUUUAGGGAAAAGCACAACAUGAAGUUGGAUCAUCGCUCACAUUUGUUCCAGAAUUUGAAUGGAGCUGAAGAGGACGUUGAAGUGAAGUACGACGGUGCACACUCGUGGAUCGAAAACGUUGUAUAUGGCACACAACCUAUUCUUGUUCAUGGCAAUGGAGGAGCUAAGCUGAGAUUGAACCAACUAUCAGGUUAUGUGCCUGACAAGUGGACACCCGACAAGGGUUGUAUCACAUGUGAUGUUAAUAGUUUCAGUUUACAAGGCAAAGCGGAUUCUGAAUUUCCAGAAGUUCUCAUGUCCGUGUUUAGUACAAAGCCGUCGCCGUUUUUCAAGCGUUUCUUAGAGAGAAUUGCACAGCUGAAUUACCCGAAGAGCAAGAUCAGCUUGAGGCUUUAUGUUUUGAAUGAGUAUCAUAGUGCUCAUGCCACGUCGUGGUUGGAGGACAUCAAGGAUGACGGGUACAAGAAUAUUACCUAUAUCUCUCCUGAUAGUCAGCUGAGUGAAUCGGAAGCUCGGGAUGAUGGAAUACAUUCUUGUGUGGUGAGCGACUGCAGCAACUACUUUUCGGUUGACAGUAACGUCAUGCUUGUUAACAAAGAAUCGCUUCGUAUGCUGGUGGAACAAAACAUGACCUUCUUGGCUCCAGUCAUCAUGAAGCAUGGAAAGUUGUGGUCGAAUUUCUGGGGCGCAUUGUCUGAUCAAGGAUUCUAUGCACGAUCGGAUGAUUAUAUUGACAUCGUGAAUAGAGAAAAAGUAGGUAUUUGGAAUGUUCCAUAUGUAACUGCGAUAUACAUGAUGAAGGGCAAGCUAGUGAAGAAACAGACCCCUUCAUACACUAGCUCCGAACUUGAUCCCGAUAUGGCAUUCUGUGCAUUUCUCAGACAUAAGGGCGUUUUCAUGCACAUGACCAAUCGUCAUGACUUCGGCCGAUUACUAGACACUGAUUCGUUCACCACCGACCAUCUCCACAACGACAUGUUUGAAAUACUCACCAAUCAGGUGGACUGGGAAGAAGUCUACAUCCAUCCUAACUAUUCACAAAGUCUCAAUGAGUCGGUUCCAGUGGAUAUGCCGUGUCCUGAUGUUUACUAUUAUCCUCUCAUUUCCCCCCAGUUUGCCAAGGAAUUAGUCGAGGAAAUGGAACAUUUCGGUCAGUGGUCAGCGGGCAAAGAGAGCCACGAGGACAGUCGUCUUUCUGGUGGCUACGAAAACGUGCCAACAGUUGACAUACAUGCCAAGCAGAUCGGGUUUGAGGAACACUGGCUGCAGGUCAUCAAGUCGUAUGUGCUACCCGUUCAACUCCGCGUCUUUCCCGGAUAUUACUCACACGCACAUUCGAUAAUGAACUUUGUCGUCAAGUAUAAUCCCAAUGGUCAGUACUUGUUGCGUCCUCACCAUGACUCAGCGACGUUCACCAUCAACGUUGCAUUGUCUCGAAGCGGGAUCGAUUACCAGGGAGGCGGAUGUCAUUUUAUUCGCUACAAUUGCAGUGUGCGGGACUCUCCGGUUGGGCAUACGUUGAUGCACCCUGGACGAUUAACGCAUUGGCAUGAGGGAUUAAGUGUAACGGGAGGCACCCGGUAUAUCAUGAUAUCUUUCAUUGACCCAUGAUUGGAUCGACUAGCCUGCGGACAUGAGAGAAAUUCUAGAAACGCUGUAUCUUUAUUUUCUUUCUUCCAAUGUCUCAUCUUGGUCUGUUGAAUGAUACGAUACUCUAGUGGGUGCCUCUCUCUCUCUGUGUGGUGGUUGACAUUGUGAUAUGCUUGAAGAAGGUAUGAAUGCUAA